AUGCCGUUCUUUGGGGUGAUCAGCCCUAGUACUCCCCGGUCUCAGUCCGUGGUGAGCCACAAUGUCCCACAGUUGCACGAAGCCAACGAGAAUGACAGCACAGUUGACGACCAUUCUGAAAAUGAAUAUACAGAGAGUUCUGAGAAAGGGAAGAUUGAAGAUGGAGAGAUUCUGCAUGGAAAGGAAGACGAGAUUGAAUUUCGUGUAGGACAUCUAGUCCAAAAAUUGACUCGUCAAUCCACGGGAUUAACCACCGAAAGCACCCUUGAUAACCCAUUCUUCCUUGAUGACCCUGAAUCUACCCUCAACCCCAACAGUUCGAACUUCAGAGUCCAGGACUGGAUGAAGAUGCUGCUCGCAAUCAGGUCCCGUGAUCCUGAAAAGUAUCCUGAUCGAACAGCCGGUGUUGCCUUUAAGGAUCUCAACGUCCACGGAUUUGGAUCUCCGACUGACUACCAAAAAAAUGUGUUGAAUUCUCUCCUUGAGCUUGGAACCAUUGCUCGCAGAUUGGUCGGGAUCAAAAUGCCAAAAAUUCAGAUUCUUCGUGACGUUGAUGGACUGGUCAAAAGUGGGGAAAUGCUUGUUGUCUUGGGAAGGCCUGGUAGCGGAUGCUCGACCUUGCUCAAGACUAUCGCUGGAGAGAUGAACGGUGGCAUAUCUGCCAAACAGAUGCAAAACGCCUUCCGUGGAGAAGCAAUAUACACAGCAGAGACCGAUAUCCAUUUCCCUCAGCUUUCAGUUGGAGAUACACUGACUUUCGCCGCCCUCGCGAGAGCACCACGAAACCGCUUCGAAGGAGUCAGCCACAAACAAUAUGCGGAGCAUAUGAGAGAUGUGGUGAUGGCUAUGUUAGGGCUCUCCCACACAAUCAACACUCGUGUGGGAAAUGACUUUGUCCGUGGUGUUAGCGGUGGAGAGAGAAAACGCGUCAGUAUUGCAGAAGCCACCUUAAGUCAGGCUCCUCUACAAUGCUGGGAUAACAGUACUCGGGGUCUGGAUAGUGCCAAUGCUUUGGAGUUCUGCAAAAACUUGGCUUUAAUGAGCAAGUAUGCGGGCACAUCUGCCUGUGUUGCCAUAUACCAAGCCUCUCAAAGUGCCUACGAUGUUUUCGAUAAGGUCACCGUGCUUUAUGAAGGAAGGCAAAUCUACUUCGGAAAGACUAGAGAUGCGAAAAAAUUCUUUGUCGAUAUAGGAUUCGAGUGCCCUGAUCGUCAAACAACAGCCGAUUUCUUAACUUCGCUCACCAGUCCCCCAGAACGGUUGGUUCGGCCCGGAUUCGAAGACCGUGUCCCUCGCACCCCAGACGAAUUCGCAGCGGUAUGGAAAAGAAGUGAGGCCCACGCCGAGCUUAUGAAGGAAAUUGAAGAAUUCGAAGCUCAAUAUCCUUUGGGUGGUUCUUCUUAUAAUGCCUUCGUGGAUGCUCGCAAAGCCAUGCAGGCUAAGCAGCAGCGAGUGAAGUCGCCAUACACCAUCUCAAUAUGGAGCCAAAUCGAUAUUUGUGUUGUCCGUGGAUUCCAGCGACUGCGUGGAGAUUAUAGUUUAACAGCAACUGCACUGGUUGGCAACUUCGUUAUGGCUUUGAUCAUUGGUUCAGUCUUUUUCAACCUCCCACAUGACACAAGUAGCUUCUAUGCUCGUGGCUCCCUUCUAUUCUUUGCAGUUCUCUUAAAUGCCUUCUCAAGUGCCCUGGAAAUUUUGACCCUCUAUGCACAACGGCCCAUAGUGGAGAAGCAUGCAAGAUAUGCCUUUUACCACCCCUUCGCCGAGGCAGUUGCAUCGAUGCUAUGCGAUACGCCCUACAAAUUGAUUAACUCGUUCACAUUCAAUGUGCCAUUGUACCUGAUGACCAACCUACGUCGUGAUGCUGGCGCCUUCUUUAUAUUUUGGAUCUUCUCUGUGGUUACAACAUUCACCAUGUCAAUGAUUUUCCGAACAAUCGCAGCAACAUCUCGCUCACUUUCCCAGGCCCUUGUGCCUGCAGCUAUACUGAUUCUCGGCAUGGUCAUUUACACUGGCUUUACAAUCCCCACCCGGAAUAUGCUUGGCUGGUCUCGCUGGAUGAAUUAUAUCAACCCGAUUGCUUACUCGUUCGAGAGCUUCAUGGUAAACGAAUUUCACGGACGACAAUUCGACUGUUCCUCUCUUGUCCCUUCUGGGGGGGGCGCCUAUGAUAGUGUGUCUAUGCAGUACCGAAUUUGCUCCACGGUUGGCGCUACGUCUGGAUCUACAACGGUGUUUGGGACGGAGUAUGUGGCUGAAAGCUACAACUACACCAACGGGCAUCUAUGGAGAAAUAUGGGCAUUCUUAUCGGCUUCAUGGUCUUUUUUGCUUUUAUCUAUCUUUACGCAACCGAGUAUAUUUCGGAGCAGAAGUCAAAAGGUGAGGUCCUCCUUUUCCGCCGUGGUCGUCAACCCAAUCUUGCCGCAGGAGAAAGCGACCCGGAAAGCCCUAGCCAGCCAUCCAGCGGGGCAAAGACAGAGGAAUCCACUCCUCGAAUUUCUGCCAAAAUCCAAAGACAAACAGCAACUUUUCAUUGGGAAGAUGUGUGCUACGAUAUCAAGAUCAAAAAAGAACCACGAAGGAUUCUGGACAACGUUGAUGGUUGGGUCAAGCCUGGCACCUGUACCGCUUUGAUGGGUGUCUCGGGGGCAGGGAAAACGACGUUGUUAGAUGUUCUAGCAACAAGAGUCACAAUGGGGGUGGUUACUGGCCAGAUGCUUGUUGAUGGCCGCCUACGUGAUCAAUCCUUCCAGCGUAAGACAGGAUAUGUGCAGCAGCAGGAUCUCCACUUGGCUACAACUACCGUUCGUGAAGCCCUCAGAUUCAGCGCCUUGUUACGUCAGCCUGCACACCUCAGCCGCCAGGAGAAGCUUGACUAUGCUGAGGAGGUAAUUAAGCUCCUUGGUAUGGAAGCUUAUGCGGAUGCAGUGGUUGGUGUGCCUGGAGAGGGCUUGAAUGUUGAGCAACGCAAGCGCUUGACUAUCGGAGUGGAGCUCGCGGCCAAGCCGCAGCUGCUUUUGUUUCUGGAUGAACCGACUUCUGGACUCGAUAGCUCCUCUUCUUGGCGACGGGGGGGGAAGACAAUCUACUUUGGAGAAAUUGGGGAGAACUCCUCCACCCUUUCAGAUUAUUUCACUCGUAAUGGCGCUCAUGCUUUGUCUCCGGGAGAAAACCCGGCAGAGUGGAUGCUAGAAGUCAUUGGAGCAGCUCCAGGCUCGCAUAGCGAGAUCGAUUGGCCCCAAGUAUGGCGCUCAAGCCCGGAAUACCGGGGGGAACUCAAGUCAACGCUAUCGGCUAGGCCUGUGGACGAAGGUGAUCCAAAGGCAUUGCGUGAAUUCGCGGCACCCUUCCAGGUACAGCUGUGGGAAUGUCUGGUGCGGGUUUUUGCCCAGUACUACCGUAACCCAACCUAUAUUUGGUCCAAGACUGCUCUGUGUAUUCUCACGCCCCUGUACAUUGGAUUCUCAUUCUUUCAUGCGCCGAACUCGAUCCAAGGCCUUCAGAACCAGAUGUUUAGUAUUUUCAUGCUCAUGACCAUUUUCGGAAACCUCGUUCAGCAAAUCAUGCCCAACUUCGUCACCCAGCGGUCUCUCUACGAAGCACGCGAGCGUCCGUCCAAGGCCUACUCAUGGAAGGCCUUUAUGGCAGCCAACAUCAUGGUCGAAAUCCCCUGGAACACCCUCAUGGCAGCCCUGAUGUUCUUCUGCUGGUACUACCCAAUCGGCCUGUACCAGAAUGCAACGGCCACCGAUUCAGUGGCAGAGCGCGGGGCCCUGAUGUUCCUGCUGCUUUGGACAUUCCUGCUCUUCACCUCGACGUUCGCGCAUCUGGUCAUCGCCGGGAUCGAACUGGCCGAGACCGGAGGCAACGUCGCGCAGCUCUUAUUCUCGCUCUGUCUCGUUUUCUGCGGCGUCCUCGCCACCAAGGAUGCCAUGCCCGGCUUCUGGCUGUUCAUGUAUCGCGUCUCGCCGUUCACAUACCUUGUCUCCGCGAUGCUCUCCACGGGUCUGUCCGGAACAGCCUAUCUGCGGUUCGAUCCGCCCGGGAACCAGACUUGCCAGCAGUACCUGGGCCGCUACCUCGACCGGGUACAAAGCGGCUACAUCCAGAACCCGAUGGCUACGUCGGGCUGUGCCUUCUGCAGCAUGCACACCACGGAUACCUUCCUCGCGUCUGUGUCGAGCAACUUCGAUGACGCCUGGCGCACCUUUGGUCUGAUGUGGGUGUAUAUCGCGUUGAACAUUGUUCUGGCGGUGUUUAUCUAUUGGCUGGCCCGUGUGCCCAAGGGAACGAGGGCAUAG